UCAUAUGACGUCACGUCCCUGAACCGCAUUUUUAACAGGUGUGUUGUGAGAGGGUUACCGCAAACAUUGCGCGAUUUAAACACGAUUUUAACAUUGAACUGUAUAGUAGUUUUAGAAAUGUUUCGAUGUUUUGACUUUUUGACAUCCCUACAGGCAUGUCUCGCGGCUGUGCAGAUGUGUGUGAAUCGGCGAAAUGAAGAAAAAAGAUCCUGCUAUCAGACAGUUCGAAUUGAGCGCGAGCCACAAAUACACAGGGUCCUUAUACUGGGUACUCCAGAGAGCGGCAAAAGCACAUUAAUGAAACAGAUGAAGAUUAUCUACAGCAAUGGCUUUACAAAACAAGAACUCAUCAGCUUCAAGCCUGCUGUGUUGGAUAACCUGUUGUCAUCUAUGAAGUUUGUCCUACAUGGCAUGGGAAUGCUGCGCAUUAAUCUGUCAAACAAGAAGAACAAGGCCCAUGCACGUGCCAUUCUGUCUUGUGAGUGUUGCAUAGGAGAGGAUAUGGAGCUGCUGCCGUUUGUAGCUCAUUCGUUCUGUAGUCUGUGGGGGGAUCUGGGCAUCAGGGCGGCAGUGGCCAGAGGCCAUGAGUUCCAGCUCAAUGAUUCUGCACUGUAUUUUUUUGAGAACAUGAGUCGAAUCAUCGCACCAAACUACAUCCCCACUAAAACCGAUGUUCUCAGAGUGCGAGUAAGGACCCACGGUGUCACUGAAACCCAGGUUAGAGUCAACAGCUCACUGUACAGGCUAUAUGAUGUGGGUGGUCUUUGUUCAGAAAGAAAGAAAUGGUACAGUUGUUUCGACAAUGUCCAGGCAGUGCUGUUUAUGGUGGCUCUUAGUGGGUAUGAUCAAAACCUUGAUGAAAACCAUUCCAAGAACCAUCUCCAUGAAAGCCUGAAGUACUUCAGAUCCACAUGUAACAGUGUGUUUUUCGGAGGAGCUUCACUGGUUUUAUUUAUGAACAAAAUUGAUCUGUUUGGUGAGAAAAUACUGCAUUCUCGGAGACAUCUGCGGCUUUAUCAGCCAGACUUCAAAGGUCCUGACUGUGAUGUGAGUUGUGCUGCUCAAUAUUUGACUGAUCAGUUUGUGGCAUGCGCUACCAUCUCAGGCAAGAUGGUGUACUCCCACUUCACUAAUGCCACAGACCCCUCCAGCAUACAUGAAGCGUUCCAGAUCACUGUGAACACUAUUGUUAAACACAACCUUCAAACAGUCUCACUUCUCUAACUCUGUUUUUUUUUUUUUGUUUGUUUUUUUUUUGUUGUUGUUUUUCACUCCCAUGUUUAUUUUUGUCUGCUGGUUCUGUGUUCAACAAAAUUUCUUAUUUAUAAUGGAUCACGAAAUUUUAAUGCAAUAAAUUUUUUUUUUUGUAUAAUAUUUUAAAUAUGCCAUCUUAACUUUAAAUAUGGCUACCUGCUUAACUGAUUGACUUAAUUGUGGGACCAUUAAAGUGUUCGAAAUAAAUGGACUAAAUUACAUUUAGCUAGAUGUUUUGCAUGUUCUGCCAUAACUUGUCUACUGUAAAUAAAUGGAUCUGGUCAGAUUGCUGAAAGACACUUUAAUACGGAUGUUCUUGCAUUAGAUAAAAUAUCAAACCAAGGGGCAUUUUUAAAAAACAAGGGGUGAUCAAAAAUAUUGUUACUUUGUGGUUGUCGGAUAUAAAUGGAAAAUGUUCAUAGUUCAUGUGAAGAACUAUAUCUGGGAUCACUCUAGAACAUUUGUGUGUAAACUUAACUUCAUACUAAAAUCAUCCACUAAAAUUCGCUGCCAUAAUA